UUAAUUAAAAUGAGAUAAAGGAAAGCAAAACGAUGUUAGGUAUAAAUUUUACACAAAUUUAGAAGUUGUUAAUAACUUGUAAAUAAGCUGUUAUCAAUCUGCUGCGUAGAAAUCAGCAAAACUGGUUUCCCUGAGAUAAUGGUGUCACAGACACAGGCAUAUGGAAAUUCCUUAAUCACUGUAGAGUUCCAUCCCAUAUCUCCAGUAACAAGACUAUCCUUUAUUAUGUACAUAUUUUGUAAUUUGUUAUAUUGUGUUUUACAGCUUGUAUUACCACCUUCCUGCUGACAAUCAUUCUCCCAGGACAAUCAAUACAAGCCUGAAUAAUGCUAACAUCGAGCUCUGUCUUGGAUUGUGAAGGUUUCUGUUUGUGAUUUGAAAACGAUGUGUUGGCACGAGAACAAAAAAGCACUCUCGAACUCCCCAGGGCGAAAGAACUUUUAGUGUCUCUCUGCUUCUGACUUCACACUCUUAGAUUGUUCAGGUCUAGAUAACAAUUUAUUAUAAAUGAGGCAGCUAUUGGAUCAGCGACCACGCCGGGGGUACCAGGCAGUCCUGUUGCUUGUGUUCUGUUGCUUCACCAUUUCAGCAAAGAGCAGAAGCAGUGACGUGCAGAAACAGCAUUCUUGUGUCAAAGCAAGUAGGCGUUUCAGGAAGAAUCACAGCUGAUGCACUGCUGAGGCCUUGAGCAGAGAAAGGAAUAGAGGACCAGAAUUUCCAUCACCACGCUAUGUCUCGCCCUGCGCACAGAAGACCAGAGUGCCAUAAAAUAAACAAAGACCUCUUGGUCCUGACCUAUGGAGCUCUGGUCGCUCAGCUGUGUGAGGAUCAUGAAAAAGACGAAGACGUGAACAAGUACUUAGACAAAAUGGGAUAUGGCAUUGGAACACGGCUGGUGGAAGACUUCUUGGCUCGGUCCUGUGUGAGAAGAUGCCACAAUUAUUCAGAAAUUACACACAUAAUUGCUGAGGUUGCUUUCAAGAUGUACUUGGGAGUUACGCCAAGUGUCACCUGUAACAAUUCAAGCAAAAAUGCAUUUUCACUGAUUCUAGACAAGAACCCUCUAUCAGAGUUUGUGGAAGAGCUCCCUGCUGGACGAUCUUCUCUGUGCUACUGCAACUUACUCUGCGGGAUCAUCAGAGGGGCCCUGGAAAUGGUUCACUUGGCUGCUGAUGUCACCUUCUUGCAAGACAGACUAAAAGGCGACCGUGUGACGGAAAUAGGAAUAACGUUUUUAAAACAGCCAAAGGAGAGGAAGUCCCAGCGGAGAAAAUGAAGGUCAGCACCCUGAGCACCGCAGGGAGGCUGGCUGCAGAGCUGACGCACACAGCCACAGAAUUGUCUCCUUGCCUUACAGCAUGGGCUUCGAAUGGCUUAUAAAUCAGCCAGACAUCUGACGUGCAGAGCAUGAGGAUUUUAUUUUGCUUAUAAAUCACACAGUUUCAUCUCCCAUCCACAAGAUUUCAUGUGCAAAUAACCCCGUGUAGAUGACAAGCAUGAACACCACGCAUGUCACAGCCCACCCUGGGGUCUCUCUUCGCUGGAAAAAUGAGUGAAAUGAUACAGCAUAAGUUCAUGAAAUAGCCACAGUUUUUAGAUACUACCUAUGACAUGCUCUGUAGAAACACUUCCGUUCAUGACACUUUUUUGUUUUUAAGAAAGUAUGAACAAUUGUUCGCAAGUAAUAUUUCAUUUUAUAAUUUUAGGAGACAAAAGUUUGGUUUGUAAGGUAUUUAUUUGGAUAUCAGUUCUGACAAUCAAGACAAGGUAUUUAUUUGGAUAUCAAUUCUGAAGAAUUUAAAAAUAGCAUUUAAUUUUCAUUCAUUUAAUUUUAAAUUUAUUUUUUACAAUAGUGUUAUCUACCUCUUUCUUUUGCCAAGGAACAUUGCUGACGGUCAGCUGGGAACUCUUUUCAGGCGAGGGGUAAAUAAUGUUCUGUGUGAAGACUUCCUUACCUCACAGUUUGCAAGAACUGAGAAAUUUUACUGAAAAGGUUCAACAGGUGAUAUGUAUAUAUGCCAUUCCCCAGGAAGAAUGUAUCUAUUAUGCAUCAAAAAUAUGCACUAAUAAAAAAUGGGAACAAAAGUGAAAA